UUUCUGCAGUGUGAAGUACAGCAGACGACAUUUUACAUAGACUGAGAAAUAUGGAACAUCUUUUGGGCUUUAUUCUGUUAUGCAUAGCACUUGCGAGCAUGUCAAAUGCUUUGGAGAUUGGCUGCAAAAAACCAAAAGUCUAUGAAUGCAUGACACAUAGUGAUUGUGAAGACCAAGGAUUAAAAGGAAAUGCCUGCGUUGACAAAAAUCGACAAAAAAUCUGUAUGAGAUGUCAAUGUGCAAAAUUUCAUCAAUGUAGAUGGGAUAAAAAUGAACUUGUUUGUGAUAACUGUGAAGAAGGUUAUUUUGGUGACCAUUGUGAAUGUCAAAACGAAACUAGUCCCUGUGACUUAAACCCUUGUGUGAACGGUUGGUGUGUAGAAUAUGGUGAAAGUUAUCAAUGCAAAUGUAAACCUGGAUGGGAAGGAGUGCACUGUGAUGCAGAUGUUGAUGAAUGUUUAUCAAGUCCAUGUGGAGUUGGUAGUUGUAUCAAUGAAAUAAAUAGAUAUAAAUGCGAAUGUCCAAACGGUUAUGUAGACAACUGUCAAGGUGUAGAUCCUCAACUGGUUAACCUUAUUAUCGGUUACAGAAGCGUGAGUUCGUCAUUACCGUUUGGUUCCUAUGGGGCAUACAAAGUCGUAGAUAACAUUUUUGGGAAAACAUUGGAGUAUUCGUUCGCUUCGUACGUUAAGAACCCAUGGAUUAAAAUUCAGCUCAUAAAAGAAUACGGAAUCAAAAGAGUUGUUAUUUAUAAUAGACAGGAACAAGGCUGUAAACAUAAUUACGAUAUUAUUAUGGGAACAAAAAACGACUGUGCGGCUAGACUAAGGGAUUUGACGAUAUAUGUUGGAGACAAUGUUUGCGCACUCUAUGCAGGUCCUGCAACGAAUCAAUAUUAUGUCGAAAUACUAUGCAAUCAACGAACGUAUGGAGAUUCUCUUAAAGUAGUAAAAGACGGACCCGGGCUUCACUUUUCUGAAAUACAAGCAUUUUCAUAACAAUAUUAACACAGUAUAUAUUUAGAAGAGGGAAUACAUUACGUACUAACAUUUUAAAAUUUGUGCUUAUGAUUAAAGGGAUUCCUUUGAGUUUUUACAAUAUUAACACAGUAUAUAUUUAAAAGAGGGAAUACAUUACUAACAUUUUAAAAUUUGUGCUUAUGAUUAAAGGGGUUCCUUUGAGUUUUUUCGGCAUUGCGGGACAGGAAAUAAUUUUUUCCAAAUAAAUGUUCCAUUUGAUGUAGGUCUAGACAAAUAACCCGUGUGCAAAAUUUUAGAUCAUUUGCCUACUCCUUUUUUUUUCAGAAAAAAAUAUUCUGAAAAACGUUGCAACGCUUUAAACCCAAAUUAUGCUUGAUCUAUGUAAGGAACUCAAAUGUUAAGUUUUUAGGCUUUUGGACCUCAAUGGAGACCCUUUAAUGUUUGUAGGAGCCGAUUGAAAAUUGUACCAUGCUUAGAAUAAUUUUGGGGAAAAUGAUAUAGAACUAAUAAAUAACAUGUAAAUAUUCUAUCGGAUAAAAUAUUAUGUUUUUUAUUAUUAAUUUAUAUUUUUAGGGCUCAGUGCAAGAAUAUGUUAUUCUUUAUUUUGGAAUAGAAAAAGUAGUGAUAUUUUAUGUGAAUUAAAAAACACCUAACAUAUUUACCUACCUACUCUAAAAGUAUGAAUAGGUUGUGUAUACAUGUCGGAGAAGUGUUAACUUUAAAAUCAAUAUGUAAUUAUCUAUCACAUAAAAAUAUAUAGUACAAUAUAAUUACAUACACGCUUUGUAUGCUUUUUAGGGUUUAACGGCACGUUGAUAUAUUACUGGUCAUAUUGUGACGAACACUAUACUUACAAAAAUAUCAUUAUUAAAUCUGAAGUGAGUUUAAAAAAAUGUAAGUUUAAUCUUAGAAUACAAAUUUACAUCUUUUUAGUAACAGGUAAAUAUAUUUGAUUGAAAUCAAAACAGAUCUGAAACUAUUUGACGGUUUAGAAGAGAUAAAAAUGAUGACAGGUUAAGCCAGAUGUUGGUAUUAUAAAGUUUGUUGAAUAUGACUUUGUCCAAAUUUGAUUUAUAUUCAGAUAAAAUAAGUUAACUGAUGGGAGAACUGUACAUUUACUGCUUGAGUAUUUAAAGAAUCAUAAGCCAAUAUCAUUUACUUUUUUAAUUUGUUAUAUUUAUGUGGGAUCUAUUAUUUCACUGAACUAGUUUUUAGAUAUCAUAAAAAAGCUACAGGAGUAAUAGAGUUUUCAAACAUAAUAGACAUUUAAAUGGAACUAAUUGUGCUGAUUUAUUUCUAUACUGCUUUGAGAGGAAUUUAUGUCAAGUCUUGCCCCAACACUUCCCGCUACUUAGAUGAUAUCCUGAACAUGAAUACUCAUUAUUUCGAUCAAAUGGUAGCUAAAAUAUAUCCCAGUGAACUUAUAUUGAAUAAGACUAACUUUUCAGACAUUAU